AUGACUCUUGUGAACAAUUGUCCCUUUAACCAUAUAUUCCGCUUCCUCUCAAGGACCAGUCUCCUGUUCUUCUUGAGUGGACUCAUCCAAUGGGGCGGGGCUAAGGUGCUUGUGGAGGUGCAGUCUGGCCCUCUGUAUCGUGUGAUUGGUUACCCUUUCUCCAUGUCCUGCAACGUGAGUGGUUUCUCUAACCCGGAAGCCUGGCAGGACUUCAGAUUCUCCAUCUACAAGCCAAACAGACCCACCCGUGAAAUCCAGAUCAUCAGCACUGACGACAACAACAACUAUGCCAUGGCAGUGUACGGCGUCCGCGUCACGGGCGGUGGCAUCACUCUGGAGCGCCUGUCAGUGACCUCGGUCCUCUUCCACGUGAAGAGUCUGGAGGAGGGGGACGAGGGCCACACCCCAAACUCAGAGUUAGAAUAUAACGGGACAUACAAUGCUAAAGCCACAUUGAAGGGUAAUGACACCCUGACCACCUCCUCCACUGGCUCCGCCUCCUUCAGCCUAUCAGAGGGUGAUGCCCUAACCCUGCAAUGCCUCGCUUCCAGCAACACCUUCCAGCACACCCACCUGUCCGUCACCUGGUAUCUCUAUGGAGACGGGGAGGCCUCGCCCCGCUCCAUCAUCUCUCUGGACCGUGAUUUGACGGUGAGUCUGGGUCAGGGGUUUGAGGGACUGUACCAGGCAGGGCUCAUUGGUCUGGACAAGCUGGAGGAGGCCACAUACAGGCUGAAGAUGGCCAGGAUUGAGCUGUCCGACACAGGGAGGAUCUACUGCCAUGCCCAGGAGUGGAUCCAAGACCCAGACCGGAGCUGGUAUCCAAUCUCCCAUAAAGACGCACAGGCAACCACAUUGGAGGUCAAAGCCAUAGAGGUGGCUCCCGACCAGGGUUCUGGCUCUAUGGUGGUACGUAUGUCCAUGCUCAAAACAACCCAGGACCAGGGAGUGUACCACUGCAGGGCCUGGUCACAGGAGAGGGAUAGGAACGGGGUCUUCACACAGGGAUCCAGCCAGGAGUCAACCACCGAGCCUAUCACCAUCACAGCUAUAGAGAGCAGUUUGCCCGUUGCCAUGGAGAACCAGAAGGUGAGCGUUGACGAAGGGGACGAUCUACAACUCGCCUGUAGAGUGAGCGGGGUCAUGGGUCAGCUCUCCGUCACCUGGAAAUACAGAUCAGCCUCCAAGACAACGGGCCCCUUCAGUUAUGUCAUCAGCCUAAGCCGGGUGGGUGUGAUGGAACCGGGGGCAGAGUUGGGGCAGAGAAACGUUCGUACCCUGCGUCCCACAGCAGACACAUUCACCCUAGAGCUGAGUGAGGUUAAGCCCUCUGACGCAGGAGCCUAUCAGUGCACUGUCUCCGAGUGGACCACGGAAACCAAUGGUAAUGCCAAGAAAACCAGCAGCCAAUCACAAGACUGCAUCGUGGAGGUCCAGCCCGUGGAGUCUUUGCUGAGGGUGGACCUGAAGAGUCGCGGUAUUGAGGUGACAGAGGGGUGUGAGGUGGAGCUGGUGUGUCAGGUUCGAGGGCCCUCCCUCCCGGUCACUGUGACGUGGAGCCAGCAGCGUGAGGGGGGGUCGGCCCCGGACAAUAUCCUGACACUAUUGCACACCGGUGACAUCAUGUGGCGUGGCGACCAGACAAGCCGCAGGGAGGCAGGGCGCUACCAGUGUGUGAUCUCAGCGUUCCUGCAAGGGAGACACAGGAAGCCGCAGAACUCCAACCUGCUGGCUGUGUUGGUCCAGACUCCAGAGGGUGUACUCACCCUGUCCUCUAGCCCCUCCUCUCUGGAUCAGAGCAUCAAUGCAGUCAUACAGAUGGAAUGCUCCGUUGUCAAGGCAACUUCUAACUCAUCCCGCUUCACUGUCACCUGGUUGGCCCAGAAGAAGGGGGUGGGGAACCAGACCGUCCUCAGCUCAGACCGCGAUGCAGUGAUAACACUAGGGGCGGAAUUAGGCACAGAACAGCGAAUCAGUAUGAGAAGACGUGAGAGGUGGAGCUUCGAACUGACCAUUCGACAAGCCCGUAGCUGGGACAGGGGGAGGUACUACUGUGUGGUGGAGGAGUGUCUACAGGAUCCUCACGGCGUAUGGUACAAGCUCCUGUCCUCUUCUGCAGCUAUGGAACUCCGCCUACAAGAGACGGUGAGUGACCUCAGUGUUAACAAGACAGAUCUGGAUAUGGAGGUCAGAGAUGGGAAGCGGGUGGAGCUGACCUGCACUUUGACCUCAGGUGACCCUGCCUCUCUCUACGCACUCUACAUGGGGCGUGGCUCCUGCUCCUGCUCCUCUCACAGGGUUCCCCUGGACCAGAAGGGGAUCUUCUCCGGGAACACUCAUGGUACCUUUCUGCUGGGUCUACAGGGAGCUCGUCAGGAUGACAGUGGAGUUUACCAGUGCCAUGUGGACCAGUACAAGUACAGUCAUGACGGCAACUGGGAAUGUAGUGCCUCUGACCAAUCAGGCAGAACCAACCUCACUGUACGACGACCAAUAGUUAUACUCAUCUUCAUCCCUCUUGUCUGUAUCCUGGCAAUUGUCAUCAUGAUGCUGUCAAUCAAGCUGAAGGGGCAGGGUUCAGCUGGAAACAAGAAACAAGCCAACUCUCUGUGGGCGGAGGAAAACCCACUGAAGCCAUGCCCGGAAGAAUGAGAACAGAGGAGAGGUGAGGAGGGAGAUAGAGAGAGAAUGAGAAGAGCUAAGGAAAUAGGAGGAGUACAUAAGAGAGGAGUAGAAAUGAGGGGAGAAAAGGAGAUGAUGUGAGAUGGGGAGGGAUGAUAAGAUGGGGAAGGGGGGAUAAGUGAGAGAAUAGGAAAGGAGAUAAGGGAGAGCUGAGCAGCAUUAGAGCUUUUUUUCAUUUUUAUGUGAUUGAUUUUUAAUUCCAAGCACCUUAUUACUUGUUAACACAAAAGGAUUUACAUUUACUUCCUUUACGCAGAAUUAGAACUUGAAAUGUACAUUGGCACUCCUUUGAGAGAACUUAAUGAGUUUUGAUAGAUUCAAGAAGAACAAGGCAGAAACAACAUUUGAUUUUGAUGUGAACCAUCCAGAGCUGGUUUUAGGGGGUAAUGGACAUUUUUACGCAGAGUGGAACAGGGGAACCCAAGAGCAGACUCAGAUGAGGGGACUGGGAUGAAGUAACCAAGGUCUUUAUUUAAACACGGGGAAGAUGGACUGCAGGCCAGGGGAAGCUCAGGUGAGUUGCAGGACACCAGGUGCGGAGGCUGGAGUGAGAGGGGUUGGGACAGGGUAAACAGGUCCGGAGGGCAUCCAAGGAAGUAGUAGAGUGGGGAAUCCAGGACAGAGUAGUAGGAUGACGAGACGUGGCACUGGAGCCAGGGACCAGAUUCAGAGUGGGCGGAAUGAGCAGAGAUUACGAUCUGGCAGUGUGGAAGUGGCAGGACUGAGUAUUUGUAGAGGUCUUGAUUAUGGAACAGGUUGCA